AAUGUCUCAAAAGAAGCCACAAAUGCAAGUUGAGUAAGUUUUUGGAUUAGAUGGUGUAGAUAAAAGGUUCCAGAAAACAUUGUUAAGAAGACUGCAAGAGAUACCAAAUUGAGAGAAGCUGUUGCUAAGAGAAGAACAGAGAGAUUAGCAGCAAACAAAACAAGAAGAGCUUAAUGGGAAAAGAAUGCUUAAGCUUAUGAAAAUGAAUACAAAGCUGCAGAUAAGAGCCUAAUUGAUAACAUACGUAAGGCAAAAAGUGAAGGUGGAUUCUAUGUACCAGCAGAAUCUAAAUUAAUCUUGGUGGUAAGAAUUAGAGGGUAUAUAAUUAUGAUAUAUAUUAUAGUAUCAACACCUUGAAUCCACAAGUCAGAUAAACUUUAAGACUUUUGAAAUUGAGAUAACUUCACAAUGCAGCCUUUGUUAGAGUCAACAAGGCUACAAUUGAAAUGAUCAGAAAAGUUGAGCCAUAUGUAACCUAUGGAUAUCCAUCAAGAGCUGUCAUUAAGAAUCUUAUUUAUAAGAGAGGAUAUGCCAAAAUUAAUGGUUAAAGAAUUCCAAUCACAAACAAUAAUGUGAUUGAAUAAUAAUUAGGAAAAGUUGGUAUUCACAGCAUUGAAGAUCUUAUUCAUGAGAUUGUUACAGUAGGACCUAACUUCAAGGAAGCAAACAGAUUCUUGUGGUAAUAAAUUAAUUUAUUAAAUUUUUAUAGGGCAUUCAAAUUGAGAGGACCAAGAGGUGGCUUUAUUGCAAAGAGAAAAUCAUUCAUCAAUUAAGGAGAUUGGGGAAAUAGAGAAGAUCUUAUCAAUGAUCUUGUCAAGAGAAUGAUUUGAU